AUGGAGGGCCUGCCACCUGUCCCCAGGCCCGCAUCCCCCCUGAAGCUGGAGCACCUAAAUGGCACACUUCCCGAAGGAGAAGGAUGCUCUUCCCGCGAUGAAGCCUGUGGACAAGAGACUGAGACCGGGGGACCCACGACCCAAGCCGAUGGAGCCAGCAGGCUGCCCGGCGGGGAAGCCAGUCCUCCCCUCUUACAAACUUUAUGCACGUCGGCUCUGAACACAAGCCUGAGCAGGUCGGCCUUUCAGGGCACCGUGGACUUCCUAGAAAAGGCUCACAGGAGCCUGCCUUCUCAGCUCUCCAAAGUGACCGAUGAGAGACACCAAGCCUCCAGCCACCAGAGAGCACUGGGGAGCAGCUUCAGCAGAGAGGGAAGGAGGACCUGCAGGAAAACCCUCUUUCUCCAGAAAGUCCAGAGCUGCUGGCCUGGGAAAUCGGGAGAUGGAAGCAGCAAGUCCAGGAGAAGGAGGAAGAGAAAGAAAGACUGGUGGAGGCAGACGCCCAAAGGGAGUGGGCCCUGCAGGACAAGGUCCUGGGCUGGAACCUCAAGGAAGAGCCAGACCAGUGGGGGAAGAAAAGCAGAUGACUCAAGAGCUGACCGGACACAUAGCCAGCGUGCAGGCGGAGGAGGCAGGUCUGCGGCGGGAGAAGGCCCGGCUCCACAGCGAGACCCAGCAGCUGCGCCAGAGGCUCCAGAUGCUUCCCGGAGUCCACGUGGAUCACCUGACGCAGCUUCAGGAGAAGUGGUGCAAGGAGGAAGCAUCCUGCUCAGAGCUGGAGAGGAAGCUGGCCGCCGCAAGGGGACAGACGACCUCCACACAGCAGAUCCGCGGCGUCUACCAAGAGGUGGCCGAGGCCCAGGGCCAGCACUGGAGGAAAACCGUGCCCACCAGCAGAAGGAGGUCCUCUUUGUGGAGAAGAGAGCCCAGGAGAGCUGGAUGGGGGCCGCGGGGAUGGAGAGAAAGCCCCAGGAGCUCAGGGAAGACAACUAGUGCCACAGGCAGGCGCUGCAGGUCCAGGGUGACCCCCAGCCCUUCCGACGGGGCCCUAGUGCUCUGCUAACCUGGCAGCUGCCCCCAGGGACCUGGAGGUGGGGCUCCCCAGGCAUCAGGCCCCCAGCAAGGAGGAGAGUCUCCCCAUGAGGGUUCAGGGCUCCAGGCUCACCUGCAGGGGUGACUCAUCUCCCAGCACCCGGGUCUGACCCCCACAGCCACCGCACCACGUCCACACGUGUGUCUGGGGAGGACACGUCCUUCCAGCUCUCCCUAGUUUGUCCUGGUUCCACAUCGAUGCCACAGUGACUCCUGGUAGUAGAGCAUUGUAACUCGGCGGCAGCAGUAUUUAAACAUGAACUCGUUGAUGUACUCUCGUAAUUACCUAAUUUCCCCGUUGAAAUCGUUAGGAAUAUAGUCUAUAGUGUUGUAUUUUGGUUGAAAUUAAAUGCCAACUCUGAUCUAAAGCA